CUCAAAGCUCCUCUUUUUGCGAGACUCGUCCAUCUGUCCGCGAUCUCUUGUAUCAAUUUACCAACAUCUCUGUAUUAAUCACCACAUCACGUUAUGUUCGCCGCACGAAGAGCAUUGACGGGCGCAGCCCAAAGUCGAGCUUUCUCAGCCUCCACCAGAGACUUAUCGAAAGUCACUGUCCUCGGAGCCGCAGGAGGAAUUGGUCAACCAUUGUCCCUUCUCCUCAAGCUUAACCCCCGCGUCACCGACUUGGCACUCUAUGAUAUUCGCAUGGCACCAGGUGUCGCCGCAGACAUCAGCCACAUCAACACCAAGAGCAAGGUCACUGGCUACGACCCUACACCCAGCGGAUUGGCAGCAGCCCUCAAAGGCGCCGAAAUCGUGCUCAUCCCCGCCGGUGUCCCCCGCAAGCCAGGCAUGACCCGUGACGACCUGUUCAACACCAACGCCUCCAUCGUCCGCGACCUCGCAAAGGCAGCCGCUGAAUCCGCCCCGGACGCCAACAUCCUCGUUAUUUCGAACCCCGUCAACAGCACUGUGCCCAUCGUCGCUGAGAUCUUCAAGGGCAAGGGCGUUUACAACCCUAAGCGUCUGUUCGGUGUCACAACCCUCGAUGUCGUGCGUGCUUCCCGCUUCGUGAGCGAGAUCAAGAAAACCGACCCCAAGGACGAGAAUAUCACUGUUGUUGGUGGACACUCGGGCGUUACUAUCGUGCCCCUGUUCUCGCAGUCCUCGCACCCUGAUCUCGUCGGUAAUGCUGAGCUGCUCAACCGUGUGCAGUUCGGUGGUGAUGAGGUUGUGAAGGCAAAGGAUGGUGCGGGAUCCGCUACCCUGUCCAUGGCGAUGGCAGGUGCACGGUUCGCGGAGAGCUUGUUGAGAGCUGCGCAGGGGGAGAAGGGCGUCGUUGAGCCAACUUUCGUGGAUAGCCCGCUGUUCAAGGAUCAAGGUGUUGAGUUCUUUGCUAGCAAGGUUGAGCUGGGCCCGAGCGGUGUUGAGAAGAUUCAUGAGAUUGGCAAGAUUACGGCUGAGGAGCAGAAGCUGGUGGAUGCUUGCAUUGCGGACUUGAAGAAGAACAUCGAGAAGGGCGUAGCAUUCGUUGCCCAGAACCCAGGAAAGUAAUCUUCACAAAACGUCACACUUCUCACUCGGCGCUUAGAAGGAUGGAUGGGGAUGGAUUGGAUUGGAUUGGAUGGAAGAAAGGAAGGAUCGCAUCGCACAUAUCGGAGAUCUCCUCCACCCUUAGCGUGUAGAUUUCGAUUUCCGCCUGUAUCAAAAUCAAGAUUCAUCCACUC